AUGUUCGACCAAUUAGCAGUCUUUACCCCUCAAGGUCAGGUACUUUACCAGUAUAACUGCCUGGGAAAAAAGUUUUCUGAAAUACAAAUUAAUGGUUUUAUAUCCCAGCUGAUUACUUCGCCAGUAACUAGAAAAGAAAGUGUUGCAAAUGCUAAUACAGGCGGAUUUGAUUUCAAUCUUCUGACAAUCAACAGUGAACACAAAAAUUCUCCUUUAUUCAAUGCACUAUUUUAUUUGAAUAAGCAACCAGAGUUAUAUUUUGUGGUGACUUUUGCCGAGCAGACUUUAGAACUAAACCAAGAAUCCCAACAGACACUUACACUAGUAUUAAAGCUUUGGAACUCAUUGCAUUUGAGUGAAUCCAUUCGGAAAAAUCUUCAAGGCCAAAACGAAAAGAACAAGCAUAACUACGUCGAUAUAUUUCAAGGGAUUGAGGACGACUUGAAAAAAUUUGAGCAAUAUUUUAAAAUAAAAUAUGAGGAGUCAAUAAAACAAGGCCAGAUCAAUUCAGAUAAUCCUGCCAGAAAUGAAUUAGUAUCUCAAUCGUAUAAUAAAAGUAUCAAGAAAAAAUUGAAGGACACAAAAACCAAGAAGCCAUCUACAGGAAAUAUUGGUAGUGGACGAAAGUGGGGUCGUGAUGGUGGUAUGCUAGAUGAAAUGAAUCAUGAAGACGCAUCCAAAUUAGAUUUCUCAUCAUCCAGCAGCCACAAUGGUAGCCAAGUAGUUCUAGAAGCUACUAUAAAUAAAGAUUCUUUUGGAGAUAGAACAGAAGGAGGUGAUUUCUUAAUUAAAGAAAUUGAUGAUCUUUUGUCUUCUCAUAAAGAUGAGGCUAUAAGUGGAAAUGAAUCUAAAAAUUCUGGGUAUGUCAGUACAGCUUUCGGAUUUCUUCAAAAACACGUUCUAGGUAACAAAACUAUCAGUGAGAAUGAUUUGAAAUCUGUAUUAGAAAAGUUAACACAACAACUGAUAACCAAGAAUGUGGCACCAGAGGCAGCCGAUUAUUUAACCCAGCAAGUCUCUCAUGAUCUUGUAGGCUCGAAAACUGCAAAUUGGACUAGUGUUGAAAAUACUGCGCGUGAAUCUUUAACAAAAGCAUUGACUCAAAUAUUAACGCCUGGAGUAUCUGUUGACCUAUUACGUGAAAUUCAAAGUAAAAGGAGCAAAAAGGAUGAAGAAGGUAAAAGUGAUCCAUAUGUAUUCUCAAUAGUUGGUGUUAACGGUGUUGGUAAGUCAACAAAUCUUUCGAAACUAGCGUUCUGGUUAUUGCAAAAUAAUUUUAGGGUCUUGAUUGUUGCUUGUGAUACGUUUAGGUCUGGUGCAGUUGAGCAACUAAGGGUUCAUGUUGAAAAUUUGGCACAACUGAUGGAUGAUUCACAUGUUCGUGGCUCCAAGAACAAAAGGGGUAAAACUGGUAAUGACUACGUUGAAUUAUUUGAAGCUGGUUAUGGUGGCUCUGACCUGGUGACCAAGAUUGCCAAGCAGGCCAUCAAAUAUUCUCGUGAUCAAAACUUUGAUAUAGUGUUAAUGGAUACUGCGGGGAGAAGGCACAAUGAUCCUACUUUAAUGUCGCCAUUGAAAUCGUUCGCUGACCAGGCCAAGCCAGAUAAAAUCAUUAUGGUUGGGGAGGCUUUGGUUGGUACAGAUUCUGUCCAGCAAGCCAAAAACUUUAACGAUGCCUUUGGGAAGGGAAGAAACCUUGAUUUUUUUAUUAUUUCCAAGUGCGACACAGUUGGUGAAAUGCUGGGUACUAUGGUAAAUAUGGUUUAUGCAACAGGGAUUCCUAUCUUAUUUGUUGGUGUGGGACAAACUUAUACCGACUUAAGGACAUUAAGUGUAAAAUGGGCCGUUAAUACGUUAAUGUCUUAG